CACGUUCAAUGUUGUUCGGAAACUGAUCAAGUUAAUGUUAAUAUUUUUCGAACAUUAACAUUCAUAAUAAAAUACUGUUAACUGGCCUGUUACAACAAAUUCCAAUAUUUCAAAUCGUUUCAAACUUAUUUCUUGACAGUUUUUAACAUCGUUAAAUUAUUAUUGGCAAGAUAAUACGAAAAUUCUUUUGGAUAAACGCCGUUUGAAUAUAAACUAUUUCUUAAGCUUAACUUAUAAAAGAGAAGUAGAGAUGUGGUUGAUCACACAGUUCGAUGGUGUCUCUGUAAAAGAUAGGUAUGGUUUUAAGAUCGUUCUGUACAGCUAUCUUUUUACUUACAAGCGUUUAUCUACUAUUUUCUCAUAAAUUCAGCGUAUCCUCGGCUGCCACAAAUAAAGAUGUACACCAGAGACGUGUAUCUCGACAUAACAAUAUUGAUAGAUACUCCAAAUACCCACGAUACAACAGAAUAAAGGCAGACCCGUUCAUAAAUGGUUUUAUUCUGGAUGAUGAUGAGUUUUUGGAAUUUCCGAAACGUCAAAGCUCAGAUGAUUAUGGUCAUCUUAGAUUUGGAAGAAAAAAUGGCGAAGACAUUUCAGAUGAUUACGGACAUAUGAGAUUUGGGAGAAGCGAUUCCGACCGGAAAUAA